GUAUUUCAAAGCCAACCUCAGCUGGUCAUACUUAGGCAGCAACAAUUUUUUUGUUUCAUAUUUUGUUUGUGAAAAUUUAAAGCACAACGUCGACGUCAAGAGCUCGAUUUCCCCGCUGCUGACGAGAUCGACCCAGUCCUACCAUGUCGCAACAACGCUUCACGGAGCAGAACGCAGCCUGCAGCAACACCAGCGAUGUGAUUACGCUGGACGACGACGACGAGGACACGGAUGUGCAAUUCGUUGCAGUUCUGCGUCCCACCGCCCCUGUCAUCGAUCUUUGCCUGUCGCCCUCCACUUCCGCUGCUGCGGCGGCGGCAGCUGCGGCUGCAGCCCACUCCGGAAACGGAAGUGCCGAGGACGCGGCGGCUGGAUCUGCACCUGGACCUACUGCUGCAGAUUCGGAUCUUGAUUCACCUGCUGCUACGCCCGAGGAAGCAGCGAAAGCCACCAACGGGGAUGCGGCGGCAGCAGUUUCUGGCGAAGAUUCCCCUUCUGCAGCGGCCGCUGCCUUGGAGUGUCCCAUCUGUCUGCAAACCUGCAUUCACCCAGCUCGUCUCCCCUGUGGCCACAUCUUCUGCUUCUUGUGCGUAAAGGGUGUUGCUUAUAAGAACCGCCGCUGUGCUAUGUGCCGCCGCGAGAUUCCCGCCGAGUUCCUGGAUCAUCCGCAGCUGGUGAAUGGCAUUGAGGACAUCUGCACCACUCGCGCGACUGAGGAUGGCUUCCAGUGGUACUACGAGGGAAGAAAUGGUUGGUGGCAGUACGAUGACCGCACUAGUCAGGACAUCGAAGAUGCCUUUAAGAAGGGCGACAAAUCCUGUACCAUUUUGGUGGCCGGCUACGUCUACAUUGUGGACUUGGAGCAGCUCGUCCAGCAGCGCCAGAAUGAACCCACUCGCUGCCGUAGGGUAAAGCGAGACCUAGCCACUAUACCAAAAAAAGGGGUUGCCGGUCUGCGGAUCGAGGGCAACCAGGUGACCAGCGACACCAUCUUCAGCAGACCAACCAACACAGCCAAUCCAACCACUGUGGCAGCAGCUGCCUCCAGUUUUAUAUCCACCAUAGCAGCCACAGAUGCGGCCAUAAGGAUUGCAAGCGACAUAAUUGGCUCCACGCUGGCUCAUGCGGAUGAACUAACUCGAGGACUGACAGCUAGCAAUCUCAACGACGACAUCAGCAGCAGCGGUGAGCAAUCCAACUCCACAAAUUCAAACGAUGCAGGGCGCUCGCCUGCCUCCUCUCCUGCCUCGAGUUCCAUGCAGGAUCUGAUAACGCGUGACCUGAGAAACACCCAACAGGUGAUUGCCCACAACCAGCACACCAUCGAUCUCUUCGAGCAGGCCUUGAACGACUUCCAGGCGCUGGCCAUGCGCAACUAUGUUGACUCCAGCGAUGAGGAGGACAACGACCAGGAUGAGGAGCAAGAGAUGCGGGAACGGGAGCAGCUGGAGGCGGGCGAGCAGCCACAAUCCAGCGAUAAUCCGCAGAGGUUUUAGGAAUUACCUAUUUAGCAGAAAGCUUAUUUUGUUGCUCGCCUAACCCAUAAAUUUAAAGAAAAGAUCAAUGUUCCUUUAAGCAGAUUUCAAUAUACGGAAAGGGGAAUGUUAACUAGAAAAAUGCAGCGCGUACCUGAGAAUAUAUCAACUAACAUUUAUAACCACAUGCUCAGAGCGUUGGGCGUCAAACAGAAAAAGAAAAGAAUGUCUACAGGGUAAAGAAACAUAUUCCUUAAAACAUAAAAUCUAAUAUUGAAGCAUAGACGUUACAGCAGAAAUAUAAAUAAUCUAUUUAAUAUGGUACUCAACUUUUCUCAAAAAACUUAACCGAAUUAAAGCAUAAAAGUGGUAUUCUUAGUAUGAAAUGGGAAGGACAGUAGUAGCAUUGUUUGAAUCCAUUUGUUUGGCCUGUAAUGCUCUAAAAAUCUCUUCAGCACCUCCGAAUAGAAUUUUGCAGAAUUCCCCUGUACAUAUUGAUUACUUAAUCAAGAGUUCUACAAGAAUCCAGACCAAUUAUCCUCCCUAAGGUCUCAUUUGCAAGCUGGCAAAAGUAAAAGCAACCUCCACCAAGAAAGAGUAGUGUGAAAAGACAAUAUUUGUGAAUUGGGAUUAACUUGACUUGGGUGGGAUUUCUGGGAGGUCAAUUAGGAGAAGAUUCCCACUUACAUAAUUGACAUUUAGUGCGUUUCUUAAAUUGAAAUCGUUUAAAGCAUUUAAACUUGCUUCACACAGUAUCUAUGUUUGAACACACACAAGUUUUCAGAUUUAAAUCUAUUGAAAGUGUUUUAUUGAAGCGCACUGUGGUCAGGGGAAUCAGAACCAGUAUUAAAUAUUAAGUCGCCCUAAGUGCGUUAAACAAAAACAGUUCUGUGACAGUUGAAUAUAUUGAUAUUUUGUAUACUCUAAGUUGCUUUAAAUAAAGUAUUUAAAGAAAAAUUGUUAGUCAGUUUAGGAGCUAAUGUAUACUAUGUACUACGAUGGAUAUACAACCGAUUUAAUAAUCUCAAUUUUGUGACUACUAUUUAUAGAUUCGUUUUCGAUAUGUACUCCACCAUUACUUCUAACAGCGAAAUGCGUAUUCGUUGCUUCCCUAAUAUCUACGAUAUACCUAAAGCUCUACUGAACCCGACUCCCGACUUCGAAACCCCUCCUGGUAAUAUCAACAGUUUUAAAAUUAUACCUCAUAAUGAUCCCACUUGGAAAUUUCUCCAUCCGCUCACCGCAACUCAUUGUGAAAAUCAUCCUUUCUGGCAUUGCGCAUUUCGCAUUUCCUUGAUCUUUGACAACAUUCGCUAUCUAUCGCAUUACUGACAAUGAAUUAAACGGUCUUAAUUACAAUCAUUUGCAUUGCAUAUCUGGAAUACAGAGUCUUUUCGACAUAGUUUUCUUAUCCUAUGGUGGCAGUUUCUAAACAACCGAUUCGUUCUUAAUAAUCAUUUAGCUUUUCAACAAUUAAAUCAAAACCAAAUGUGCCAAGAAACAUUUUUUGAACAGCACUCGCUCCGGUAUUUUUGACAGCACUGAUAAAGCAACUCUAAUGAACAGCACGUAGCAUUUUCUGUCGUCUAAUAUAAUUACAUUUAAUUAAUGAAUUAAGCAUUUACAACUUAGUUUAUACAAGAUGUUAAGAAGUAGAUUUUGCUGAAUCCGAUAUAUGCCGAUUAGGGAUCUGGCUUCUGUGCACGAUCACAUUUGUAAGAAUAGUCCUAAGACAUGUAUUUAAGUUUGGCAAUAAACAACUGUGUGAAAUAUUA